CGUUCCUUCUCGGCCGGACAACGCGACGGUACGCACCGCGCGAUACAUUUUCAAAUUUCGCCUCUACGUAACGUCGUAACGACGGCAAUAACAAUUUAGUAUACCGGUACCCACACGAAUUUAGUAAACGAUUUAUUAUUUUAUUAUUAUCUACGCGUCCGCGAUAGUUUUCAGUCUGCUGUCGGAUCGUCGCGUGUGCCGAACGCCAAGUUACUACUUAUUUAACUGUUUAACGUCGUCGCGAUAAACAAAUUUCGUAUUCACCGCGGAUCAUCGUUCGAAAUAUAAUUUUUUUUUAAAAAAAAAAAAACACAUAAAAAUACAACCAUCGCGUUUUUCUCUAUAUAAUGUAGGUAACAGCUAUUGUGCCGGAUAUUAUCCGUAUCGUGCAGACUGCACAUCUGCUACAACAAUCGUGCGCACGCCGAGUCAAACGUCAUCGUGUCGGAAAACCGCAUUUUUCAUAAUAUUUCUCUUUUCAAAUUAAAUUUUUUUUUUUUAAUUACGUACUCAUCUGAAAAACACCGCUCAUACAACACAUACGCAUUGACGUCACAACAAUAUUAUUGUGUAAAUCUCAGUCGAUAUCUACCUAUAAAUCAUAACAACAUAUGCAACACCGACCGAUCAAUCGUAAGUUUAUGUUUUUAUUAAGUUAUUAUUACUGUUAUUAUAUUUUUUUUUUUUUUACAUAUAUCUACAUACAUAUAUAUAUAUAUAUAUGCAUAAACAUAUGUAUACAUAUAAAUACCUAGUAGGUCGAAAUUAAAACAUUUUACGGGGAGAUCGACAAACUGUGCCAGGCUUCAAAAUUAGCUCAACAUUUUGACUUCCGACGGUUUGCUGGGCACCCGACAAUAUUUUAUUUAAUAACAUAGCAUGUGUAUUGUAUAUGCAUCGUAUAGGUGCCGUUGUCGAAAACGAGCUAUCAAAUUCGAUAUAUAAUAUAUAUAAUAAAAAUAAAAAUAUAGGUUUUUUUAUCGUGGGGAUUCCGUGGGGUUCAAAAUGACGUAUGUUCCGAUACCGCCAUGUUUCUAAAUAAAAACCACGUUUCGCUCUAAGUCCAUCCCGCAGAAGUAUUUACAAUACGUUACCAUUUGAGAGAAACGCACUGAAUAUUUGUCUUUUGAAAAUACAGAUUUAUUGUUUUAAAUACCUACUUGAAGUUAUUAGUUAGACGUAUUUUUUUCAAAAACACUUUUUUAAUUUAGUGAAUAUGUGCCAUUUUUUUCAUACAUUCGUGAAAAGAUGACGAAAUGUCUGCCUAAUUGUAAUUUGUUAAAACAUUUGUUGACAUGAUGAGUAGUGCACCACUUGGUGCUUUUUAUUGGUUUUUGAUUUUUGCUGUAUAAUGUGUUACUUUGGCAACGAGGGAAACACGAUUAAUGUGUACUAUUCAGAAUCUUUUUUUCUCUGCUAUGAUCAAUUGUUGUUUACGCCAUAUAAAUUAAAUUACUCAAUAGGUACUAUAUCUUCUUAACUACCCAUUUACAAUAGUGGCCUACCCGUAAUAUUAAUUUUUUUUUAAAUUACGCUACCACCAAGAUUAAUUUGAUAUAAAAUAUUUUUUAAUAAAAUUAUAUAUAGUAAAUACUCCUCGUUAAAUACAUCAACAAAUUAUAUUUGUAACUACUAUGCUGUCUGUAAGCAUAAAAUAAAAUUAACGGAUCGGAGUGUGAAUAUUUAUUUUUCAUUUUGUUUUCGUUCGAUAAAAUCAAUUUCUUAUAAUAUUCAAAUUAAAUUUUAUUGAAAAAUAUUCUGUGUAGAAUUAUUACAAUUAAUUUAAAAAAAAUUAAUUUUAAAUAUUAUGACUGAUUAUAAUAAUUACAUGAUGAUAAUAUCUUGAUGUAUACGUAUUUAAAUUUAAACUCUGUAUAUUUACGCAAUAAUUAAAUAUUAUUUUAAUAAGUUAAACCUAAAGUAAUUAUUAAAAUAUUGUUUCUAUAAAAUAAAAAAAAAAAGGUUUACGAGGUCUUUGUUUCUAAAAUCAGUUUACUUGUUUAUGCUUCUCAUAAAAAUCCAAAUUUCCAUUAAAUCCCCGUUUCCUUUCUAUUAGUUCUUUUAGAUAUUUUUUAACCGAGUCUAGCCAUCUCUUCUUUGACCAUUCUCGUGGUCAGUUUCUGUCUAGUAUUUUAUUUACCAGUACCAUCUUAAUUAAUCUGCAAUCCAUUUAAUCAUAUCCAUCCCAAGUCAGAUUUAAAUUUGUCACAAACUGUUUUAUAUUUUCAUUUGUAAUUCAUUAUUUGGCCUUCUUUUAAACUUUUGCUUUUUGUCAUUGGAAAUAAGUUUAUGCGUUUUCCUCGAUACUUUCUUAUCAAAGAUAAGAAAUCGAAUACAAUUAAUCGCUGUCAAAACCCAUGUGUAUUAUAGAAUAUAAUAUGUUGGAAUUGGUCCUCAGUAAGUCGUGUACAACUUUUAUUAAGUAUUCUGGAGAGUUAUGAAUUAUUGAGAAUACUUGACAAACUGUAUAGCACGGUUAUUAUUUAUGACAAGUUGCACAAACAAUUAAUAAUUGGCUAUCAAACAUUGUAAUCUGUUCGAUAACAUAAUUGUUUGUUGGAGAAAUGAUUUAUCGAUUCGAAAAAAAACCUCUUAUCAGAUCGAUAUUUGAAGGGCCGACUUGGGUUCAAUAAAUAUUGAAAACAGUUUCAUAAUUUUAUAAGACCCAAUACUUACAUUUGCCGGUUUAGCAAUAUUUAUACAAAUUUUGUUAUGCGUUAAUAUCGUAAAAAUUCAGAGCAAAAUUUUCUAUGGAAGUUAAAUGUUUUCCUUUGCGUGAUUCGUCCAAGAAAUAUCUUCUUCUUCUCCUUCAUCUUCAUUCCAACUAUUUAGGGUCGACAACUCCCGUUCUAAAUAUCCACUUGACCCGAUCUUCUACCUCAUAUACACCAGCUGUCCUCAAAUUAUUCUAAACGCAUCCAACCACAUAUUUUCUAGUCUUCCUCUACACUUCUUCCCUUCUACAUUUACUUACAUUAUUACUGCUUUAGUAAUUAUUUACUGCUUAUAAUUCUUCUCUCUUCUUGACAUGUCCAAACUAUCUCAGUCUCUUUUCUCUCACUUUGUCUACUGUCGAAGCCAAACCUAAGCUACGUCUUAUAUAUUCAUUAUUUAUUCUAUCUUCUUUCAUCACUCCACUCAUCAAUCUAAUUGUAAUCUAUUCUAAUCUAAUCUAUUCCAUCUAAUCCAUUCUCACCUCUGCUAGACUCAUUUUUUAUUAUAUUUUUCUGUCCACCACCCAAUACUUCGGUUCAUACAAUAUAGCCGAUCUCAUCAUACAUUUGUAGAAAUUACCUUUAAGUCUCGUUGAAAUUCUCUUGUAACAUAAAACGCCUAACGCUUCUUUCCACUUAAUCCAACCAUACUUUAUCUUAUGUUUCAUUACUUCACGAAAGUCACCGUUAUUUUGUACAAAAAUCCUAAGUAUUUAAAACUCUCAACCUCCUCCAUAACCACUUAUUGUCGUUAGCUAUUUUAUUCUGUACCUUCGCACAUAUUCUCUGUUUUAUAUUUAUCGUUAUUCUCUUUUUUUCAAGUACUACUGCUCAAAGUUUAAAGCUAUUCUUAACUUAUUCCAGAUUUUCUUCUAAUAAAACCAUAUCAUUCACUAACAUCAUCUAAUCUAAUCUUCUCUCAUCCGUUGUUUCCGCGCAUAUUUGAGAUAGAACAAUCCACCAAAGUUUUGUUUAGAAUUCUUCAUACUCUUUGGGAGAAUUUUACACCAGCUGUCGACUUGAUGCAAUAUCAUUUAUCGCCUUUUACGACUUACCGUUGGAGUACUCUGAUCCCUUCCCACAGAGAGAAUCGUAUUUUCAACUAUAAAGUAAAUCUCACCGUCCUAAAAAAACAAUACCAUAUGUCUAAAAAUUGUCUAAAAAUAAAUUGGUAAAAAUCGACCACCGGUGGACAUUUUGACAGUAUCUAAAAUUUGGAAAUUAACUAUAAAUACAAAAUAUAUUGUUGAAUUUUGCAUCAAAUAAUUUAAAUUCCUGAUAAAAAAACGAGAUACACAUCGAAUUCUUCUAUUAUCUAUAUGCAUCACAGAAUAGAUUAAGUCAGAGUGAAGAUGGAAACUGAUAAGGGAAUUCGUGGAUCUUAAUGGCCGUCCAAAAAUAUAAAAUUGAUAUAAUAAUUGAAAGGGCUCAUUAGUGUUGAUCUAAAAUUUAAUAUGAAAUAUUUAUAAUAAAUUAAAUACAAUAUUUUUUCAGAUAAUCAGCUGAAAGAGCAGCGUGUUAGUUUUUACUUGUAUAAUAUAAAUAUAAUACAUAGGCAAAUAUUUAGUUAUAUAUCUACAUUAUACAUUAUUAUUUUAUAUUGGCCUUAACUGAAAAGGAUUUUAUUUUUAACAUUGACUAAAACAACCGAAUUUAAAAUAAUACACUUUUUUAAACUGUUCAUUCAAAUAAUUUGUAAAUAAAUAACUAAAUGUAAUUGAAAAAAUAUGACAAUUUUAGUUGCUCUUUUUCUGCAAUAAUGUCAAUUUUUUUUCAUGACAUUAAAUAUAUAUUUUACAAACCAUAAUGUAUUUUAUACGUUUUGUUUAGAAUAAUAAGAUAAAUAGACAUUAAUGAUUCGUAUUUGGAUUUGUUCAACCACAUAGUGCAUUCAUAAUAAAAUAGAUAGAUUACUGAUAAAAUUAUGACAACUACUAUAACAUGACAUACCUACCUUUAACUAUCCUUAGUAAAUGAAAAGUAGUUUCUAAGACUAAGGAAUGUGUUGUCGUUUUAUUUACUCGGACAUCCAAGAAAACAGCAUUUCACGCCACAAAUUCGAUAUGUUUUACAUUGUAAUUAUUGUUUUAUAUAAUUAAUAAUUACUCAAUAAUAAUAAUUAAUAGUAUGUUAAAAAAAAAAAAAUCAAAAAGACUAAAAAAAACACAGUGAAUUUAGUAAACAAAAAAAUCGUCGUCCAGUUAUUUUUACCCACAAAACUUAAAUUCUUUAAUCUGUUUACAGAACAAAACAUUGAAUCCUAAUGGUUUGUUUACAAAAUUCUUGUUGAACAAUGCAACCAAAGAGUACAGAUAUAAUAUAAACAUAUUUUUAUAUCUUAGAAAUCUGAUGAGCCUUUUCAAAAUGGAGGAAUACAAUUUGGGCGACAAGAAUUUCUAGUAUCUACUUUAUAAUAACAGCUAAUAGCACUAUCAAAGCUGCACCUGGUAGAAUAACGUUUAUUUACUGAAUUUAUUGGACAUUUUUAUCUCGUUCAUAUUAACCUAUUUACUAUAUUGACCUAAAAAUGUCGAAUAAAAAAUGAGUUAUCGUUAGACAGCCAAGUCAGUUUACAAUGUACAUAAAUUAAUUAGAUACAAACCUGAGUCAUUUUAUGUACUUAUAUAUUAUUAUUUUUUAUUUUUCCUAUUUCUUUUAAGCCAUGAGCCCCCUAAUAUUAAAAAACAUCCAAGGGCCUCAUCAUCAUCAUAUCAAUGCUGUUUUAUCUAAUUUAAAAAGUAUGGUUUUUUCGGACUUUAAUCCAUUUUUACUAGUUUUAUAAGUUAUAACUCGAAAAAUAAUUACUCGAAUAAUUUGCAUGAUACACCAGUGCAUUAUAAAACAAUUUUUCUUUAUAAUCAUGUUAAAUACUAAGUCAUAAAUUAUAAAUUGUGAUUGUAGGUGAUUUAAAUACCACCACAGUAAAUAGUAAAUUUGUAUGAAAAUAUGUUUGCUUCGAUGUCUUUAUGUGUACUAUAAAAUUUGUUAAAUGAUAGUUUAUCGAUACGAUAUCGUAGGUUAUCGAACUAUUUUUAAUUAUUAACAGUUAAAAUCACUCAUGUAACUCAAAUAAUUGAAUUUAAAUAGGUACUAGGUAGAUAUUGAGUAGGUACGAAGAUAAAAUAAAAACAUAUUAAAUAUUUACAGAAGUAGUAAUAAUGUAUUAUAUUACUACCUAUAACAUUUAAAAUUCCUUAUAAAAUUAUAGAAAAUAAAAAUGAUACAAAUAAUUUCAGAUGUGUUUUAUACAAAAUUAAAGUACAACAGGUUCAAUAAAAACAAUUAAACAGUAAAUAAAAAUACAUCGUGUUGUAAAAAAUUACAAAAAAAAUUCAUAAUAUGAUUCCGCACAGUACGAUUUUUAAAAAAAAUGCACUCCUGUGACAAUGAAAUAUUAAUAAUUGUUCUUAACCUUAUAAUUAUUAUUAUUUCAGUAUAUAAUAUUGUAUAGUUGUUGACUAAUUGUAAAGGUAGACGCCUAGUGUGAAAUAAAUAUGCAACCAUGAUCGUACUUAAAGUUAUAUUAAUGUGCACAUCGAAGAAUAUACUUGAAAAAAUCACGGAAAAAAAAACACGAUACAUAAAAUAACAAUAACAUAUAUACCUAUUGUAAACUCGAGUGACAACUGUUAGGAGGAAAUAAUCAAUCAAAAGUUAUAGUAGUAAAGGUUUAUUAUUCAUUUAUUAGAUUAAAUAAUGUAUUUGUUCAGGUUAUUUUUAGGCUACUAUCAGUCAACUGAAAUACUGGGGUGGCAACUACUAUCCCAGAACUCUCCACUAUCCAGUGUGCGCCACUGAAUAGCUCUAUAAAAAGUUGUAAACGAAAACAUUCAAUAGGUUUAUAAUAAUAAAAAUGAAAUCAUAUUUAGCAGAGGAAUAACUUAAGUGAAAGUUAAGUAAUUUUUUUUUUGAGAAAUGUAUAAAAACUUAACGAAUUUUAUCUUACAAUAGUUAAAAAAAUAUAUAUAUAUAUAUAUUUUCUUAUUCCAUAAUUAACUAAAAUUGAGUAGGUACAAAUGACUUGCUCGGCAAAAAUGGUUGUGAAAAAUAUUCGAUUGUAAUCGAGCCGUUGUAUGUUGAUCAAAUACAAUAUUAUUAGUACCUCUCGUAAAAUUUAAAUUUUAACUCACCGUAUCCAAUAUAAUAUUUUAACAUAUAAAUGUGUAACCUUAUAUUGUAUUAUAUAUAUGUGUGCAUACGUGUUUAUUAUGACCAAUAAUUGAAUUCAUUAAAGGCGAAUCUGUUGUAUAAUAAUAAUAAUAACUGUACAUAACUUAUCAAACACCACAACUCCGUCCACGCAUAAUAAUAGUACGUCAUGCCAAACAACGUUUUGAUUAAUUGCAGUAAGUGCACACGUGUCAAGUAUUCCGAUAUUAUAUUACAAACGACAGUUUAAUAGUUAAAUACGAGUUAGUUUUAACACGAGUAGGUUUUAUCAACGGAAUAAAAUAACUAAGUUAAGUUAAAGGUUAUCAAAGAAAGUAAUUUAUAACUUAAUUUUGAAAUUUUUUAACUAGUUACUAUCCAGUUUAGUCUAAGGCCCGUUUUCACCAACGUAAACGUUGAUUUUUAAACCGAGUUUAUAUGAUAAUCGGCAGAUCAUGGUCGGUUAUCAGCCAUAAACUCAAUUUAAGAAGCAGAUAAACGCCUUAUUUUACGUUGGUGAGAACAGUCCUAAGUGAUGUAUCAUAACCAAUGCCUAGAACGUUUAUCAAGCUAUACACAUUGUCUAUUUUAUGAUAAAAAAUUUUAUUAUUUAAAAUAUAUUAAUAUGAUUAAUUUCGAGAUACUAUUGUGUGUAUUACUAGAAAUGAAAUUAGCCAUUGCCAUUAUUUAGCUCUACAUACUUGCUUAACUCGCCAAUAUAUGUUAAUCCGGACCAAUUAUUACUAUAGACAAGAUACCUAUAAUAGGUAGGUGUUUGUUCUCGAAAAUAUAAAACAACGUUCCAGUUGGAGAUAAUAAUCAUCGUUUUAUUUUAGCUUGUAGUCUUGCAUAUGACAUGGAGUCCAAAAAUACCCGUUAGGACUUAGUGAACGUAUAAUAUUAAUUCUUAUGUAAGUACGAACCCACGAUUUUAUUGACGGUUAGCCUUCGAACGUCUAUCUUCUGUAGCACAGCUUGAUGCACUUAUUUUGCAUCACAGAAACUCGCUUUUAACAGGAAAUUUACGCAAUUUUAAUUUAGCUCAGGUCCCAAUAGGUAAAAGAGCAUGCAUUUUGACAGUUGUUCAGAAACACGCAUACACACACACACAAAGUUUUGCAAUCCUCUCACUCACUUAAAAUUUAAAUAUAGUCAACUAUGUUUUUAUGAUGUAGUAAGCUGUAUUUAUAGUCACUAUUAUAAUUAUUAGAUCUAUAAUAAAAAUAACAUGUACUUUUUAGGAAUACUUUUUAGACACAUUUGGGUGGCAUUUCAUGAACUUCUCACCUCUCCCUUCCAUGGUUACGCCACUAAACAUUAUAUACUUAUCGUGUUUAAUAUAUUUUAAAAUUAUAUUAUAUUUAAAGAAUGUAUCUAUGUCGUUCGUCUUAUAAGAUUAUAUUCUUAUGAAUGAAUUAUUUUAUUAUAUUUAGAGAGAUUAUAAUUUUUAUUUUAUUUUUUUUUGUUUUUAUAUCAAUCCUUGAAAAAGUACUAUUAUAAUGUCUUAAUGCUAAUCACUAUACUAUACUGUAUAAUUUAUAAUACCGCAAAAAAAAAAAAAAAAAAAAAAAAAAAAAAAAAAAUAAAAAAAUAAAAAAUAAAAAAUAAAUAAUAAUAAUAAUAAUAAGGUCAUUGAUACGCGUCCAACAAAGACGCAUCCCGUUGGUAAAAAUGUAUGAAAAAAAUUCAAUAACAAUAACAAUAAAUAAUCAAACAAAUCGGUCGAGAAGCCUCGUUUGUCCUUCAAAAUUUCGCAUCAUAAUUGAUAAUAUUAUACAACUUAAAAUGUUCUAAUGAUGAUGUGCUAUAUGAAUAUGAUCCGAUUUGUUCAUGAUAUAAUGUUCUUAAUAAAUGCGGAUUUUUCACCUGAUGGUACAUUAUUUAAAAAAUAUUUCUAAAUUUCUUAUAAUUUUAUCCAAAAAAUUGCUUUUUAUAUAUUUUAAAAAAAUACUUGGUUGGUUAAAAAAAUAUGAUACAUUUUUUUACGCAGUACCUCAUAAGAUACCUUAUUGGAAAUAUUUAAUGACAUUUUCAAGCCCACGUAACAAACACAAUACUUCGGUUAAUAAAAAAUCGAUUUUAAUUUUUAUCUAGAUGUUAAACAUUUUAGAUUCUGAGUGUAUAUUUAUAUAUUAAUUUGUGUACGACUUUUCUACCAGAAAUCUUGGUUAAAUCAAAACAUCAUACGAGACCUUCACUGUUGCUUUGUGGAUCUUGUUAGUGAAUUCUCGAAGAUUUUCGAAAUGUUUUUUAUAAUAAUUGGGAAAUCGGAAAAAACAUAAAAGAAAAACUAGAUAACGAAUAUUUACGGUACCUCGGAGUUAUCUAUUUCAUUAUUUUAAAUCUUUCGAUUUUUAUUUUCUACCAGAAAUCUUGCUUUAAAAAAUAGUACUUUUUUUGAAAGAAAAUUUUGUAUAGUUGCAGGCGAUUUUUUUUUUUAUUAAUUGGGCAAAACUGAAAAAAGUGGAUCGUUUAAGGUAAUAAUGGUUCAUCAUUGUUGAUUUUGUUUUUGUUGUAAUUUAGUUAAAAAUAAUCAUAGAGGUCUAAAAUUUUCACAAAAUACUUAUUUUGGCCUUUUCUAGACGUAGUAGCCAUAUUAUACUAUUUAUAACUAUAACCUGGUUGAUCCCCAACGUAGGGCGAUGAUCUGCUAGAGGAGUGUGGUCGGUAACGUCCCAUCUGAUGUAGAUAUUGACCGCUUUUAGAUGUUUUGGACAUCACCUCCACCUCCAGUGCGGCUGUCUAGUCCAAAGUGCGUUUAUACUGUCGGGUUUUGGACGAAACUGCUGAAAACACGGCCUUCAGGUGCCCUUGGUGGGCGGUGGAGAGAAGCGCCUUCAAGGGGGGCUCCUUGGGGGUGGGCGAAAUCCUCGCUCCGAGGACGUUAUGAAACCAUUGUGACCCGGUAGACCGCGGGACGGUUCUGCGUCUCUUGAGGCUUUUAGGCAGUUUACUGCAGGGUACUACCUCCUCACCAUGGCGAGGUUAUUUUUUUUUUUAACAAAUUUUGACGAAAUUACUUUUUUAUGAAGUAUUAAAUUUCAUAAGAUAACCGAUCUUUUCUUGGUAUCGUUUUUAUCGUUUUGGUUAAUCGUCGCGAUUUUUUGUUUUUUCUUUGAUACUUCUUAUAUAUAAACAUAUAUAUGAAAUGUUUCCAAGCCUAAAAUAAAUCAACCAACCUAUUAAAUUUUCUUAAUAAAGGUACAAAAAACGUAAGAGUACAGAAAAAAUAAAACUAUUACAAUUUAUAAUUCAAUAUUAUACCUAUCUAUCAAAUGAUGUAUUUAUAAGUGGUAGGCAAGGAUGAAUUAUUCUAUACGAUAUUGAUUUAAUAAUAUAAUUUAAUGAUACAUAUUAUGAUGUUACAAAUUUAAUUUUUACAACUAUAUACCAUAGUUAAAGAGAUUAUGUGGGAUUGGUAUACCUAUAUGCAUCGUAUUAUUUUCAGUCACUUUAACUAUUGUUGGACGAUUAGUUUGAAAAUUAUCGUAACAAUAAUUGGUGUAAGAACAAUAUAAUAGGUAUUAUUAAGUACAUCAUUGUUUAUUAUCGUGCAUGAAACUAUACCAAUUCGUCUAAUAAUAUUAUAAUACGUUAAUAAAUAAAUAUGUACUCGACUAAUAAUACUACUUGUAUGUUUCAAUGAACUUGAACGUUGAACUGUGCACAGUAUAUUUAUUGAUGUAAUAAUACAGGUAUGUAGUUAGGUAUGUAAUAAUAUAAUAGUAUUAUAUUGGUAUUCGGUGGGCCAAAUUUAAGGUUGUGGGACAUUAGCGGGAUUCGGGAGGGCUAGUGGGCUUUAGCCUUUAAAUACCUCUUUUGGCCUACUAUGAUGACACGAUUUUGUAACAAAUAAUAUAAUUUUUUAUUGUAUGAUAGUUAAUAAUUAUUUUAAAUAUAAUGCAUUUAAAAUUGAUAAGAUUUGUUUUUCAACUUAUUACUAAAACUUAAACUAACUACAUGUAUAGCAAUAAUUUAUCGGACCAUGAGCCACAACCUGUAGCAGGAGCUUCAUAUGUAAGCUAAAUACUAUCACACUGUGGUUAUCAGCUGUUAACUAUUUAUGCUUGUGAUUAAAAUUGAUUAUUAUAAAUUAAAAUACUAUCUUAUUCAGAGGCGUCAUUUCAGUUUUCAAUAUAGAUACAAAAAUUUGAAUCGGGCCAAUUAUUUUUAAAAAUUGUUCGUUUGCUUCGCUCGUUUAUAUUAUUCGUAUUUCUGCUUUACAUUUUAAUAUUUAUUACUAGGUUUAAUAGCAUUAUAGUAACAUUGAUACUAUCGUGAUUUAUUCUACGUGACCCGAGUUUCGACGCGCACUAUUAUUUUGCUAACAUGCUUGUUUUUUUUAGCCAUGAUAAAAAUUAACAAUUGACAAGUAACUGUGGUAAAAAUCCUCUGUAUCUCACUCUCACAUCUCAAAUCGGACUCCUGUAGAGGAGACCAUUGGCGGUAGUUCGAUUACCAUUUGCAUUUUACAUUUAUCAACAACAGCGUAGUAAUAAUUUUUUCUGCAGACAAAAAAAAAACAUUUAAAAAUAUAGGGCUGCCAAAGUAUAGUCUGAAACCUACAAAUAAUGCCCCUGAUCUUAUUUCGUAGUAUCGCUCAUUGGUGGUUUUCUGUUGGUGUUUUGAUAUUUCUAUUGAAUUAUACUUAAUUAAUAAUUACUAAUACCUACUAAACAAAAAUUUACAUGUAGGAUCUUCUUUUAUAAAUAAAAAUUAUAUUUAAAUGUAUUAAUUUUGUUGCUAUAAUUGAUUAAAUCUAAAUCUAAAUGACUAAAUCUUUUAGUGUAUUUUAUUUUGUUGUGGACCACUGUGUGGAAUGACUACAAUUUUUAUUUGGAGAGUCUUGAGUUAUAAUCAUAAUGUAUCUUUAAAAUAUUAUAUAGAAAUCUAAAAAUAUUUCAAAAGUUAUGCUAAAGUGAAUAAUCUACAAGUUUUACUAAGAAGUGUAUUUUUUUUUCUCGGAAAUUCAAUAGUUUUGUUAGUAAAAAUGCUACGAUUUUAUUCAUUGUGUCCUCAAAAGAUAUGGAUUUUUAACAGAUGUUAAUUUAAGCUCAUUUUAUAUAUUCCAAAUCGUUUUCUAAAAAAUUGAAAUACUAACAACAAUGACGAUACGUUAAUUUGAUUUUUGUUAAUUUCUUGGGUUACAAAACAUUAAAACACAUGAUUAAUACUCUAAGUUUACCGGUUUACUGAACUUUUCUCAAAAUCGUAUUUUGAUUACAAUGAUUAAUCGUUAAACUCUUAUUUACCAUUUAUCCAAUACCUUCCAAACUUCUUAUAUACAAUGGUUAAAACAGAAGCCUGCUCAGUGGUAUGCACAGAAAGGAGGAGAUUAGGGAUUAUAUUCCUUCAUUGGCAUGCAAAUACAACAGCUAUGAAUAUUUAUUUAGUAAUAUUAUUUUGAAUUAUCCAUAUAUUUCAACCAAGCCACAAGGAAAAGCUUGAUAUAAAGAUUAAAAAUUGGCAUUUUUGGAUGCGACGUGUAAAAUAUCAUAGGCAGGUUAGGUAUAACAGUAAAAUAUAUCGCGAUUUAUUCAUGAUGUCUAUAUUGCCUCCCAUUGAAAAUUCCCGUGCACGUCACUGGAGUUAAGUAUUUUCGGCUUUAUUUAAUUUUGUACAAUUUUUGUUUUUUACAGUCUAGUGUAUAUUAUUGUAUAUACACAGGAGGAAAUAUCGGAUAACUGUAUUUCAUAAUAAAUAUAGUGUCGAUAUUAAUAAAUGUAAGAGGAAGAUUCCGUACCGGAGAAGACAAAAUGGUGCACAAUAGAUCUUGUGGCGAUAAGCUGUACGCAAUUAUAGUCAGUUAUUUGCCCAUAUUGACAUGGAUGCCGCGGUACCAAAAAGUAGAUUUACUCUAUGAUGCAGUGUCCGGUGUCACUGUCGCCUUGACAUUGAUGCCACAAGCUAUAGCGUACGCGUCGCUGGCCGGAUUAGACCCACUCGUAAGUCAUUUAUACAAUUUUACCUACAUACUUACAAUAAAAAUCACAGGAGUCUGUCAUAUAUUUGUCAUAUAAACUUGUCCUUACCUCAAGCGAUCAAACUAACAAUAUUUAGUGUGUCGCAUAUAAGCAAUAAAAUUAACGGAAUUUUUAAAAAAAUACAAACAUUUAUUGACUCAAAAAUAAUCAAAUUCACUUUCGUAUAAAUUUAAAAAUAGUUCCUAGUCCAAGUAUUUUUCGUAAAAACAUGAAAAUUGUCCAUAAGCAAUAUGUUCAUGUUGAAUGGGCAAAAGUAUUUUUUAAAGUGUACUUUAGAAGUUUUAGAAUUGUUACUUAUUUUGAAAAUUAAAGACAGCAACAUUAUCUAAGGUAUGACAUAUUUAUUUUAAAUUUAUUUGAAUGAGACGGUAGAUAUUCAAGAUUAAAAAGUGGCCUUCUUAUACAAUAAAAAAAAAAUUAGUAACUUUUUUAUAAAUUAAUAUUUGAAUAUGUCAUUCCCUAAGUAACGUUAUUAUGUUAUAUAAUUAUCUUUGCUUAAACUUUUUUACUAAAUAAUAACUAAAAUUUGCUAAAUCAUAUUCAUUUCGAGAUAAAAAGAUUUUUUUGACACAAGCUUUUAUGUUUAAAAACGCUAACGCUAACCUCUCAACUAAAUAUAAACUAAAUAAUAUAAAAAAUUGAUAUUUUGAUUAGAGUUGGUAGAAGACAAGACCUGAUUGUAGAUAACGGUAAAUAUUGUCAUAUUGGCACUGUUGGUUUAUUGGAUAUCGGUUAAAUAAACAUUUAUCUUUAAAUAAAAAUUGUUCAAAAAAAUUUGGGAGUGCUUGGAGUAUCAGAGCGCAUUAACAAAAUUAUCACUGCUUGAUUUUUGUUAAAAACAAAUAUAAAUUGCACACGGGGGUUAGCUAGGUUUUCAAUCGAAGAGGAGGGGGAGCAAAAAUGUUUCGAAAAUGGAAAAAAAAUUUUGAUUUUACAUUCCUGGAUAUAAAAUGACGAUAAAUUAUUUUUGUAUAAUCUCUUCUCAAUUAAUGUUUAAUUAUUUGUACAAUUAAUCGUGUAUUAUGAUUAAAUUUAAAUAAAACCGAGUAAAAUUGCAAUAUGGUAAAAUACAAGAAUCAUAGGACAUUUUUAUUCGAAAAAUCCUUUACCUGCAAUGUGGUUAAGUAUACAUAUCAAGUUUGAGUUUUUGGUCGAAAGGGAUCAAGGAGCCGCUAAAAGUGUACAAAAGUAACGAGAAAAAGGUAUAUUAUUGACGGAUAGUGUGUAGGCUAUAAUAUUCUCAAUACUCGGGGAAAAUUCGACAAAAAUUCAAAUUUAUAAUAAAUUGCAUGUGUCGGAUAGCAAAACACAGGAUUUUCGACCUAGGGUGGUUCAAUAGCUUCUCAUCACUAUAUCCGCAAGUAUGUAAAUAUCAAUAUCUCACUGGUUCGUUAUUAUGUAAGUAAACGAAAAUAUCCUACUUGGCUAUUUGUGUGAGGUAAAGGCGAAGAUGAUGAUAGUUUUGUAGGUAAAAAAAAUACAAUUGUCCUUCCUGCCAAGUAGAACACAAUAAAAUGUUGUUUAUUAAUAUUUAAAAUACUUUUUCCUCAGUAUAACAAAAAGUCUAUACAUUUUAAUGUCACAAACUCGUGUUAACGAUGGACGGGGAUCUAUUAUUUACAGGUAACACACACUAACAUGGUACCACGUCUGUUUUUAUUCUUAUGUCGAAGCAUUUGUCUCGAGCAAAUUGUCUGUUCUCGAUUGACUCGAUUAAAAUUUAAAACACGAAGUGGUCAAUAAUAUUACUAAAAAAACAACUAUAUCCAGUAGCGAGAUGGAGAUUGUUUUUAAAUAAUAACUAACAAAAACCUAGGUUUAAUUUAUAAUAUCUUUAAUUAUAAUUUAAUAUUUAAGUAUAACUUAUAAGGGAUUUCACUCAUUUUCCAUGGAGGUGGAAAAUUACAUUAAUAAAUUGUAAUAUAAUCAUAAAAUCAUCUGACUACCUACAAAUUUAGUAAGAACCCGCAAAGUAUUUUUUUGGUAAAUUAUGAUCUAUUUUUGGUUUGUACAAGACUUAGAGUGGUAUUUUAACACCGAAAACGUGUUUUUUUUUUUAUAUCUGAACCUCACGCAAAGAAAAAAAUAAUGUAUCACACGGCACUGACUAUUGUAUAAUAAACUUCAUAAAAUUCGUAUUAUUAUUUCUCAAUAAUAUUGAUUGUUGAACUUAGGAAUUGUUCUCGGUAAACAAAUAAUAAUUCACGUAAUACACAGCGUAAUAAAAAAAAAGAAACUGUAAGUAUAGUUUUCCCAUUUUUUUUUAAAAAUUUUUUUUCUAUAUUAUACCUACUCUUUUGAAGAAUAAUUUUUAUUGAAUAAAAUUAUUAUGGAAAAAAAAUACGAUAAUAUUUUCCAAUACUUAUUCAACGAAUGUUACUUAUUAUAUGAUAUUAUAAUUAUUACAUAAUAGGUAUUAUGCAAUUCACAUUUUUCGUAUUGAUAACAACGUGAUAGCUAUUCUUAAUAUUAUUUAUUAUUAUAAACAGCAUCAGGCAUAAUACUACAGGUGUUAUAAUGAAUCGCAGGCGUGCGCACGGUCUAUGAUGAAGCCGUAAGUGGAAAAUAAUUUCGGGGGAGGGGAGUUGUUAAUUAAAAAUUGUCGGUACUCUAAUUUUAUCGAAAUAAUUAUUUUCUCACAACAUACUAUAAUACGAAAAAUUUUUGGCGAAAGGAUUGAACCCAUAUUAUAAUAAUUGCAUAACCCGUGAAUUAAGUCUGCGCGCGUCUAUAUAAUAAAUACCUACACAUCACAAUAUAACACGAAUAGGAAUAAUAACUUAAAUAGCUGUAGGCAUGUAUGUGUAUUUACUUUUUAUACAGGUGGAAAAAAAAGUCAUAGUGUCUAAUUGUAUAAUAUUCGUACCUAAUAUGCAGCGUUUUUAUAAACAGAAUGGUUGGUGUUAUAUUAUUAUGAUAAAUACCAAAUAAAAAAAAUUAAAACGAUUAUUCAAUUAAUUCACAAGCAAUUUUCAUAUAAAUAUGUAGGUAUAUCUGGCAUAUGGGAAAAACUAGAGCUCCCUAUUUCAAGUGUACAUUAAUAUUCAUAUAUUUUGCGUUAUUUUUCACUUUUUUCACUACGUAAAAAGUUAAUAAAACUAAAACACCUUAACAUGGAUAAUAAAUUCACGUGUAUUAAGUAUACGCGAGUAAAAACUUUUCAUUCUCAUGUACACAGAUUCCGUUUUCCCAAACUUAUAAAUUUACGUUUUAAAUUGAGACCUCUACUGAAAACGUAGAGAAAAAAAAAUGGCACAACACAUGAUUUCAGGUCUUUCGGGAAAUUUGUAAUAAUAUCAUAUUAUGACGAUACUAAAACAUAGAUUUCAUAGCAUCCUUUUUAGUUAAAAAAAAUUAUAUAUAUACCUAUAUAUAAAAACAAUAAAAAGUAAUUUUGAGUACUGACUAUUAUAUUAAAUACGAAAAUCACAUUUAAUACCAUCGUAAUUUUCUUUCCACUAUGUACCAUUAUACACAGGCAUACACUAUUAUAUAAAACUGUUAAAAAAAAACUUAAUUUUUUUCUAAUUGAUUAUUGCUAUUGACCAUAAUACAUUAUUAUUGUUAUUAUUGAAUGAUAUGAUCCGUUAAAUGUAAGUUAUUUCUAUUUUUUUGUCUAUUGUAUUUAUCAUGAAUGCAUAUUUUAGUUUGGAUUGUAUUCGGCGUGUUUCGGUGGCGUAAUGUACAUUGUAUUUGGAUCGGUGAAACAGAUUACCAUUGGUCCUGCAUCCGUCGUCGCGUUGCUCACGUUCAACUACGUCAGUCCGCAACUACCAACCACGGUGGUCAUAUUGUGUUUCGUGUCCGGGAUAGUUGAACUCAUUUGUGGAAUUUUCCGUUUAGGUAUAUAAAAACCUGAUCAUAUAUUAUUGUCAUUGUUAUCGAAUUUGUUACCACAAGUUGAGGAAAAUCUACUCUCCUCUUUCAUUUAACAACACAAUAUUAGAUUGCUAUAAAUUAUAUUGUCGCAUAGAUGACAGUGUUCAAUCAUGCCCAUGAUGUUAAUUUAUAUGCAACAUGUAUAUAGCUUUUUUACUAUUUUCCUCUAUUUGGUCGCAUCAUCAAAGUAUUCAAACCUCAUAGGAUGAGGAGGAUCAUCGAUAAGCUAAGUAUUAAUAAAAGAAAAUUUAUAUUUAGUGAUGUUAUAGUGUAUGGUGCUCCCAUUCAGUGGUGUAUUUAGGUUUUUGUCUUAGGGGGGGGGGAUAUCAUUUUAUCUAGUAAUAUAACAAACUUAUGCUAGUAGUAUAAGGUCUAACUUUAUGUAAUUACCAUAGGUCAUUGACCAGAGAUAUCAAUUCUCUAUACAAUCAAACAUCAGUAAUCAAUAAUCAAUAAAAAAAAAAACAUUUUAAAUAAUAAGACUAUAAUUAUUUGCAUAUAAAUAGCUAAUUGGGGAGAUUUAUCCCCUUGGUCCCCCCCCCCGUAAAUACACCGCUGCUUUCACCACGAUUCUUUCUUUGAAAAAUUAUCUUAAUUCUUCCCCGUGACUAUAAUAACAUGGGAUCACGUCCGUACCGUCAUCAUAAAUCUGAAUAAUUUACACGUCGCGGUGCCGUCACCUAUGACUUUAGUGAAAAACAUUUUUAUUCGAGACGGUAUAUAGUAUUUUAAAAAAAAGUAGACUACAUAUUUACCUAUAUUAUUUUAUAGAACAAAAAAAAAACAACAACAAAAGAAAAUUUUGAAUAGAAGUAGUGAUUACUGAUUAGAAAGUUUAAAAAGUAUAGGAUGAUAUAUACUAUAUAUGUAGUUUAAAUUCUGAAUGCAACAUUCUAGGAAAGUCAAAAAAAUAACCUACUUAAAGUACCACCUCAAAAAAAUUUAAGUUCAGAUAAAGUGCUGCACUUUAAAAUCGGAGCAAAAUUUGUUCACAGAAAAAAAAAUAAAUAUUGUAAAACCAAUACAUUCCUUACUUUGCUCAGAAUCUAAAAUAUUAUUCCGAGUGAAAAACUUUUUAUCCGCUAAUUUAUUAAAUUCAAUAUUUUAUCAAUUUCAACUACUAUAUAGUUUUUACAUUUUUCCGUGAAUCUUUACGAGUUUUAUUAACAUAGAAACUUUAGAUGCUUAAAAAGAAUAAAAUUGAUAACCUUCGACUGGUUUUUUCUGUGACCCUCAGUUAGAUAAAUGUAUGAUAAAACUUUGUAUCAAAAUGUCGAUCUUUUUAUAGGUCCAACAAAUUUUAUUCACAUACCUAAAGAUAAUUCCUAAUCGAAUAUUUCAAAUAUCUUAAAAAGAGACAAUGGAAAAUGCUGACAUAAUUAUUCAGGGAAAAUGUCACGUUUGUUAUUUAUUAAUAAAUUUCAAAAACAAAAUUAAACUUAGAUUUAACAAAAAUUGAAGAUUCAUAAAUAUUCCGAUUUUUUCGAUUUUUUCCCAUUUUUAGGAAAAUCACAAAUAAUUGAAAAAAAAAAAAAAAAUUAUGUCCUCAAUGCAGCAACUAGAUCCAUAAUUCUCUAAGACAAUUCGUAUAAGAACUAUUUUUGAUCGGAGCAAGUCUUCUAGUCGAAAACUUUUUCAUAAACCAAACCCACAUAUCAUAGUAAAAUCGAAAAAAUUUACCUUACAUUACUUAUUCUUCCUUAGAAUCAUAAAUCGUAUUAUUUUUUAAAAUGUACAAGAUAAUGUUCCACGGUCUAUAUAUUAGAAAUCUAUUCUUAUUAGGUGCGUUUUCUCUUUCCUAUUUAUGUCAAAGAUAUAUAAUAUGAAAUCAUUCUUGACGAUUCUAAAUUAAAAUACCGUUACUUAAUACUCGUAAGUAGGUAUAAUAUGGUUUUUUUUUUUUUCAAAGAAAUCUUUUAUAUUUUAUUUAGGUAGGUACCUAUUUUAUUUUUUUUUCGUAGAUUAACCUAACCUCAAUUAGGUUUCUACUCAACAACUAUUUUACCAAAUACCUUGCCUAUCAUCUUUAUAAGAAAACAUAACCCAACCUAUAAUUUUUUUUCCUACCUUAUAUAUGAUAGGAUUUGUUGUCGAGUUUGUAUCAAUGCCGGUGACAGGCGGAUUUACAUCGGCUGCAGCUAUUAUGAUGGCUUCUUCUCAAAUAAAAGGAUUGUUCGGAAUAUCUUACCAUGCCAAAAAUUGCUUGGAAAUGUGGGUAAAAUUUUCAGAAAAUAUUAAAAACGCCCGAAUGGCAGAUACCGCUAUGGGAUUAAUAAGCAUAAUUGUAUUGAUUUUAUUAAAAGUGAGUGAGAAAAUGUAUUAUAAUAAAAAAAGUAAAUGUCUAUAUCCUAUGUAAUAUAUUUAUUAUGUAAUUCAUUUUUAUUCGAAUAUUGCUUGUUAUAAUUUCAGAGCUUGAAAAACAUAAAAAUUAAUUCCAAAGGUAUGAAAAGUAAAUUUUAUUCGUUCUUAUUGUUCACGUUGACCACUGGAAGUAACGUUCUCGUAGUUAUUGUGACCUCCACUAUAGCGUAUUAUACGAUUAAAGACGGUCAGUCAGCAGUAGAAAUAACAGGCAAGUUAAAACCAUUGUAUUAUCAUUGUAUGAUUAAAACAUUUUUACGUUCGAAUAAUAUGAAAUGGAUAAUUAUAAUUGAAAGGCUGUGGAGAAAAACGAUCAUAGUCAAUCGAUCGUCAAAAUGAAGAUAGUUACAUCAUUUUAUCUUUAGUGUUUUGUUCCUGGACGAAUCGAUGUAUGAACCGUGUUAGGGAAGAAAAUUCAUGGUCCGCGCUACAGUAGAAUUUUUAAAGUACCUAUGAUGGCAAAGAAAGAUCAUAGUCCAAGUGGAAACGGGAAAGUGAUCAGUGUGAAGAUGUUGGGAAUAUUGACUAUGAUUGAUUUUCCACGUAGCUCUUCAGUAGGUACAUAAUCCUAUUAUUAAUAUACAAGCGUAUAUUAUUUUUAGGUAAAAUAGCCAGUGGUAUACCAAAAUUUCGAUUUCCAUUUUCCGACUACGAAGACGAAAACGAGAAGUUUACAUUUUUUGAAGGUUUAGAUAAACUAUGGCCAGGCGUCAUAGUUGUUCCAUUGGUUUCGAUUUUGAGCACGGUAUCCGUAGCAAAAGCGUUCAGUAAGUUAUUUCUUUGACUUGAAAAUUGAUAGUUAUGAUCACAGAUUUUUGGCACGCGCACUCCGCUAAUAUAUUUCUUUACUUCACCUACUAUUGUAGUUCUCCAUUUCAUAUUAUUGGCUAACAUUAGCAUUGUCGAUAAUAGUGGAGAUGGAGAACUACGGUCUACGACGUAGGCCGAAUGUGGAGAAGAUGCAUAUGUUGAACGAAAAUAUGAUUCACUGUGAUCAUACAUAUUUAGUAUAUCUCAAUAACUCGUAUUUCGCCAUAGGUAUCAUGUUAUUCACAAUGGCGUUUAUUUGAGUACAUUAUUUUAUCCAUGUAUAACACAGGUGGUGGAAAAGUCGUGGACGCGUCUCAAGAAAUGAUAGCAUUAGGAAUGUGCAAUAUUUUCGGUUCGUUUAUGGGAGCUAUGCCUGUCGCAGGGAGUAUGACUAGAUCUGCUCUAAACCACACCACCGGCGUUCGUACGACUUUCAGCUCAAUAUUUACAAGUAAACGUCACCGAUUUUUGAAAAUAUUGGUUAUUAUAAUAAAAAUAAUUUUUUCUUCUGUUUAUAAAGCUAUUUUGGGCAUGUUAUCAUUGUUGUACUUAACGCCCGUUCUCUGUUAUAUACCCAAGUCCAGUUUGUCCGCCGUACUCAUAUGUGCGAUAACGUCAAUGUUUCGGUACGAUAUGGUAAUUUCGUUAUGGAAAACCAAUAGUAAGUAUAAGUGUUUAAACUUAGGUCUUAAAAAAUGGGUUAACGCAUAUUUUCUAUAUAAUGCAUUAUAUAUGCCCAACAUCGACAUAAUAUAUACAUUUAUUAAUAAUAGUUAUAAUAAAACCAGCUGUCCCGCGCCCGGCGUUGCCCGUGCCAAUUUGUUUUAUUAUUAUUUUACCCAUAUUCAUUUUUGGUGUUGACCGUGUUAGAAUUGAAUAUGAAAUAGGUGGAGAGUGGGUAGUCCGCCUCUGGUGGAUUAAAUGUGUUCUAUUGUGAAAUGUGAAUAGUGUAAAUAAUAGUAAUAAUAAAAAUUAUUAUGGUUUUAUUUUCUGUGGCAACCCUUGAAUAAAUAAAAAUCUUAUCUUAUACAUACAAUUCUCCGGUCACAGUAUUAGUUAUUCAUUCCUGUUACUGGGGUAACACAAAUCAACAAAAAAAAAUUGUAUUUGUUAUAUUAUAAGCUAAAUUAUUUGGUGUUGCUCGUAUAAAUAUAUACAAGCGAAAAUACUAAAAUCGCGAUUAAAAAGGAGGAUAGGUGAAAAAUACUUACGACCUAUUCUCAAACCUACCAAGUGUACAUAAAAAAUGUCAUGGAAAUCGAUCAAGCCGUUUCAGAGGAGUUCAAUAACAAACACUGUGACCGGAGAAUUUUAUACAUAUAAGAUAUAUAUAGCUCAAUAUAUUUUUAAUUCAAUUUUAGGUGCGUAGCCCAAGAGUUGUUUUAAUUUUACAUUCAAAUACAACUUUAGGAUAAGCUUCAGAGCUCACACAUGCCUUAUUAAGUCAUACAUGAUAGCAGAUAGAUCAUAACCAUAAGAUAACCAAUAAUCAUUGUCCAUUAUCAAGUAAAUGUUUGAUAUACCUACUUAGUAAUAUAUAUUAUAACACCUUCAACCUUCAGGAUAAAUAACAGUAUCAAAUAUUAAAUAAAAUCAUUUAACUACACAUUUUAUAACAACCUGAAACAUAAAAUAUAUUUUGGGCUUAAAUACGGCUAAGGAGGGGGUCGGGUUUAACGAUAAAAAUAUUUUCCCCUUCUAAUGCACUUGAUAAAUUUCGUAUAACUAUUAAUUUAAAUAUUUCACAAUUUAUAAUAUUAUAUAUACUUAGAUAAUAUUCAUAAUUAUCUGUACAGUAUUCGAGUACAUGAUGACAUUUAUAAUACGCUGAAAUCUACAACAUCGUGGAACAAUUAUUAUUUUACUAAUUUUAAUAAUGGGAUUAUAUAUUGGGAUUUAUUAAUGAAUAUCUAAUGAAAAAUGCAGAUUAUACGUAACAAUAGCCAUAUAUACGUAUACGAAAAACUAUUUGAUCAGGUAAAAUGUAAUGUUAAGCUAAAAAAAAAUGUACGUAUCCCUAAUAAUAUAGUACACCUAACCUAACCUAACCUAUCAAGUAUGUAAAACUGUAGAUUUAUUUAAAACAUAAACAUACCUACAUAUACUACAUACAAUAUACAUUAUACAUAAAUACAUAUAUAUAUAUAUAUACAUACAUUAUGAUAAUAAAUAUUUAUUUAUGUACUUAUAAUCAAUGGAAACACGUAAUGCAUCUUAUGAAACGGUAUAUUCUAGAUGUCAGACUUGACUAUUUAAUAUUAUUUAUAACCGUAUAUUACGAUUAGAUACAAUAGGAUAUAACGAUUAUUAUCGUUAUAUCCUAUUGUAUCGUUAUUAACGAUUAUUAUUAUUAUUAUUAUGUUAAUUUUGUACAUACUUAUUUUAACGCGCGUAAAAAACAUUUAUAAUUAUCAAUAGCAAUCUAUUUUUACGUUGAACUGAGUAUGAAUAGAGCAAGUAAUUGUCCAAACCAGUAUAUAAAUACACUGGUAUAGUAUGUAUAGGUUAUACCUAUACCUAUACCGUUUUCAUACAAGUAAAACUAUAUUUAACAAACUUGAACUUUAAUACAAUGAAAUUGAGAUGAUUGUGUGUAAGCGCUUUGACUUACUGAGAUAAUAAUAAUAUUAUGGGUAAAUUUUUCAGCUUUUUUUAACUUGCCCGUUCUCGUGAAAAUACGCUUCCCUAAUAAAUUAAACAUGUUUUUUUAUAAUCAUACAUUUCUAAACUUGAAUAUUUUUCUAAAUAUUUCUUAUAAUAUAAUACUCGUAUCUAUGUAUAAAUAUCAGUGGUUAACGGACCUAUAUAAAAUUAUAAACGUCGGUGCCCGGAUGAGGCAUUAUGCUUCAUUGCCUUAUGCUAAGUUUCAUUAUUUCAAUAUUUUGAAACUUGUGAAAAACUAAAAAUUAAAUAGGUAUUAGUAGAAUUUCCGAGUUAUCUAGAAUUAAAAUUAAAAUAAUAUUUUAUUAUACAUAUAUAUUAUUACAUUACAAUUUCCAUAUUUGUAUGUAUUAUUUAAGUAAUUAAAAUAUUAAAAAAUUUAUUAUUUACGGAUACUCUGAGUAUAACAAUAUAUAAAUCACUAUUUUCUGGUUAAAUUUAUACUUGUUCGUGUACAUUUUGAAACGAACCGAUUGCGGAAUCGGAUUCUCUGUCAAAAGUCAUAUAAAAUGUGCUACAAACUCAUUUUUCCAUGUUUUUUUUUUUUGUAACAUGUGAGUUUUGUUUAUAACCUAUUCAUAUACUAAUAGGAGUAAUGAGUAUAGGCUAAAAUAGAUUAAAAUUAUAAUACAAUGUUAUGGCCAGUAAAGUUUAAUCGAUAUAUUAUACAUGUAGAAAAUAAAAAUAUUUUUUAAUAUUUUAAACAAUUAAAAUAUACCCAACCACUCUGUUUAAUUAAGUUAUGCAUGAAACAUAAAUAUUUCAAAUAAAAUAAAAUAACAGGUAGGUACAAUGUAUUAUAAUAUAUUAGUGUACUCGUCUAUGAUUUAUUUUUAUAUUAUUUAUACUUCGAAAAUAUUAAAUUCAUUCACAUUUGGACUAUUAGCUGACAUAACUGAAAAACAACAUUUUUCUAUUUUGUUUACUUAACUUUCGAACACAAUUAUUAAAAUGAACCUUUAUGAGAAUACGAGAUACUUCCCGUAUUUAAAGGGGUUGCGUAUAGGCAAUUUUUUCAACUUUUUAUUUUUUGAUAUGAUAAUAAUAUUAUAUAAUAUUUACUAUAUACGACAAUACGGGACGCUUACUCAGAGUUAUAAACUCUAUGCACUUACCACUGUAAAACCUGACGAUCGAUCUUAUCAAUUUGUCUUUAAUUGUCUUUUAAUUACUAUUAUAAUUGCCAAAAUGGAUUCCUUAAAUUAAUUGUUAUAGACUACGUUUUAGGAUUUCAUACGCUAAACCUAAUUAUUUAACAACUAUAACAAUUUCGCCAGUUUUGACCAUAAAUGUCCCGUAUUGUAGUAUAUAGUAUUUGUAUAUAUGCAAGAAAAUGUUUUUACUAACGCCACUUUCCAAUUUUGUUUAUUUUUUAGUUCGUUUUAUAAUCAGCACGGUCAAAAAAAAAAAUAAAUAUAUUUGCUAUAUAUCAAUUAAUUAGGGCGUUUUUUUCUGAAAAAUAGGUAUACUAGGUGUAAAUCUUCAAAUAUAAUUUUUCCAAAAACAAAAAAAAUUGUUUUCAAAUCUACUCAAUAAUAUAAAAUCGAUUUAAAUAAAUAUAAACUUUUUGUUAAAACGAUCAACGUUAUAACAUUGUUUAAAGCAUUUUAUAAACGAGUUUAAUCGAUCCUGUUACCGCAGCACGUGUUUCGGCACAUGGCGUCCUCACGUGUACCUUAUUCUAUAUUCAAAUCGUACACGACAUCCCGUCAACUGCUCCACGUGAGGGAGGCAAUAAUAUUGUUUAUUACAUGUACAUUUUUUAUAUCAGGGACACGUGAUAGGUUUCGCCAGUUAAGUCGGGGGUGUAUUGUUUUCUCAAUAUUGUAAAGUUUCUGUUGUCCCUCGAUAUAACCGACGAGACUAAUAUUGUAUUAGAACGAAAACCGUUCACUAUUCUCUUCUCCGUUCUGUAUGCAAAGACGACGAAUAUUCGCCAAAAACAUAAUUAAUUAAUUAACAGGCGUAUUCAGUUAUAUAAUAUAAUAUACGGUAGCGUAUUGAGAAUUGUAUCGAGGAGAAAGGUUUUGAAUUCGAAAAUCGUAACGCUUUUCCCCAUAUUGAUACUUAGAACGUAAAGAACGUGGAGUUCAAACGCAAAUAACAAGGUUGAAAUAGAAGAAUAUUUAAGAGGGCUUUUUCUUCGAAAACCAACAUACAAGAAGGUUACAAUGAUGUUUGUUUUCACAUGUUUUAAGUACCAGACAAUUAUUUAGAAAAAAGUUACGUACAACCCUCAAAAAUAUUCUUCUCUUUGAAUUUUGUUAUUUAUGUGAUUAAACUUCAAUUUCAAUAUAAAAUUCUGAAUGCCACACGUUGUGUUCUAAGAAAUGUAAUUUUACUAUAUCGUGAGUCAGUAGGACAGAAACAAAUACAUGCCGACAUGCGAGUAUACUCGUACGUCACCUUCUUAACCAAAACAUUUUUAAUUACCCACAAAUUUAUAAUAAUUACAACUACAAACAUUGUAAAUACGCCAAUUAUAAACAUUCCAAUGACCGUCAUAACAACUGAUAAAUGACGGGCAUAGAACUAAUUAUAUCUGUAUUGUAGGUAUAGCGUGUUCAUUAAAUAGAGAAACAAUUUUUUAGUUUUCACAUUUUUGUAAGUAAUUUAUAAUUAUUAUUGAAUCUGCACUGAAAUUCGGUUUUCUACCGUGUCACUAAAGCCUGGUUAUAAUCGCGGACGAAAAUUGUUUCUAACGGCUUGAAAUGUACGCUGAUAUUAAAAGAUAAUACAAAUGUCAUAAUUGUUACACUUACACUCAGUGACGAUUAAGUGUUUCAUAAUACGUAUAACAUGAUGUAUAAUUAACACCCACCUACCCGCACACAUCAAAACAAAAUUUCACUAGUUAAUAAAUAUUAUUUAAAGUUUGUUCGUUAAAGGUGUAGCGACCGCUACACCUUCCAUAUAGACUGGGCGCCGCUGCUUACACUAAAAUAUAGGUUGUUAGAAUCUAACAUAUUACGUCUUUAAUUAGGUACCUAACAAAUGCAUGUUUGGUUUGUGUUUUUGUUAUAUAGAACGCGAUCUAAUACCGUUCGGGACUUCAUUCGUUGCGUGUUUGAUUUUCGACGUAGAAUUGGGACUUAUUUUCGGUAUCUGUGUCGACUUGCUGGUCGUGCUGUAUCGUAGCGCAAGACCAUCAAUUCCCAUCGAAAAAGAAACCGUAAGUAUGCCUAUUUUUAUAUUUUAUACGCAACUGACAAGACAAAUAACGUUGUUAUUGUGCAGUUUGUUAAUAUAUUAUUGUAAACAAAAAAAUUAACUAAGGUGAACAUCUAGGAACUUAUCGCAAAGUGAAGCACGAGCACAUAUUUUGUUAGUUAUAAACACAAUUGUGUAAGAUUUUUUUUUUUUAUCUAAUAGGGACAAUUCGCACAGACUUCGGCUGAAAUGUGCCAAAGGAUAGCAGAUGAAAUAGUCCGUGUAUUAACCUCUAGGGUUGUUUUAGAAAACAAAUUUAGAAAUUCUAGAAAACUGUGAUAGCUGGGUAAAUACCACUCUUAUUGACAGUAGUAGCAAUGAUUGACUAAAAUAGGUGGAUGGACGGGUCACCAAAUAUGUUGAAUUUUGAUUUAGAUUAAUUAGUACAGAGAUCAGCGAUACCUUUAGUUUUGUGUAUUAUAUUAUUAAUAUACAUAUGAUACGAAUUUGAUAGUCUAUAUUAUGUAGUCAGUGUAGGUAGCUGAAUAAAGUUUGUACUGUAAAAAAAUGAUUUAUAGGACGUAUAUAAAUCCAUAGAUAUAUUCAACACGCUACUGAUUAGUAGUAUAAAUGGAGUGGAUAACACUAAGAGGAAGCUCCGUUGUGCUGCACUUUAAAUAACAAUAAUAAUUCAUAAUAAUAAAAUCGUAUUCCCACGGGACUACGGUAAAAAAUUGACAAAACAUAUUAAUUAUUAUUACGGACUUACACCACUUUCAGAAUUCGUCGGGUUAUGUGACAUGGACCGUGAAACCCAGUAGCGGGCUACUGUUCCCCGCCGUUGAUUUUAUGCGACAGAGAAUCAUUUUCGAAUUAUCGUCUAUAGUUCCAACGAACAAACCGAAUCUUAUUGUCAUAGACUGCAUACAUUUUGAUAAGACUGACUACACUGCUGCUCAAGUAUGUCGGUGUUUAUUUUUGUUGAUAUUUAAUUUUUAAGAAUGGUAAUAUAAAAUAACGUUAUGGUUAUUAUUGCAACCACCGAUAAUUAAUAAUCAUUAUAUUUUUGUCAUUUUUGUUUUCGAAACGCAGGGAAUCAAAUCGUUAUUAAAUGAAUUAAAAGCCGAAUCUUUUCAAUUUGAAUUGAUCAACGCUAAACCUUCCGUGGCAGCAUUACUGGAAUCGACACUGCACAUAUACAUUUCAUCCAAGGCGCCAGUACGGGAUUCCAUUAAAAAAUAUAAUAUGAGUAUGUGUACCGAAAUAAUAAAAUUGUGAUAUAUGAACAAACGAACUUAUACCAAGUUUAAAAAAAAAAUGAGCCGUUAGUGGGAAAGGGUGUGCCACUGUUGUAGGUGGGAAGUUAGGAAGAUAGAAUGCAUAAUGUUAUUUAAUUUAUAUCUUUAUACGAAACGAUUAAUCAUUGCUAACGAAAAACGAUUCUGAGUGGAUACAUCUCUUAAAAGACCGUAAUAUUUAUGAUUUUCAUCAAAAUUUGAUAUUAAAAUUCGCGUAUAAAAAAAAAAUACUACAUUAAACUCUACGUUUUCUUGUUGAUUACUAAAUGUAACUUAUAAUGAACCUUCCAUUAAAUUAUCAAGCAUUUGUGUGUAGUCUUAAAAUUUUUAUUCAAAGAGUAUCUACUGAAAAAAAGUUACGUAAAAUCUCACAAAAUUAAAAUAUCUAUAAAUAGUUUAUAAAUGGCUCAAAUAUUUUGAUAAUUUUACCACGUCUAGAAAAGGCAAAUAUUUAUUUUCUGUCCAACUUUUGUGACUACGAAUAUUUUUAACGUUUUCUAGUUGGUACCGACUAGACAAAAUUUCCUUUCAGAAAAGAUGUUAUAUUUUUCUUUUGAAAAGUUGUUUACAGAUAAAAAAAAAAAUUAAAAAUAAAACAACUACAACACACGUUAUAGUAAAACCAAUAGGUCCCUCCCUACGUUCCGAAUCUAAAAAAAUAUUCGAAUUUAUAUAAUAUGAUGUAAACAACAUUUUAAAUAAUUAAAUAUUACUUCCAUAUAAUUACAUAAUAUUAUAAUCAAAUGCGUACAACUCACGUGCACUUAAAAAUGUGAUAGUAUGCUUAUUUAUAAAUACUGACUCAAACUUCAAAUAAAACUUCACGUACGAUACAAUAUUUUUCGUAACUUUAUAUUGAUUGCAAAUCGUUAAAGAUGUUGUUGCGGAAAUAAAACAAAUUUUAUCAAUAUUCGUAAUAUUAAAAUAAUCGACACUUAACACUGCACAUCACUAAUAGGUUAUUCAUAAUAAUACAAAUAAUAAUAGGUAAUAAAUAAUAAUAACCAGAAAACCAUUUACCAAUCAAAUCCCUUCGUUAAAUAGUAGAAAUAAAGUGUUUGUAGAGUGAUUUUUAUCAUAUGCUAUUAUUAUUAUUCUACAAUUAGAAAAUAAAUUUAUAAAUUAUGUUUGAUCAAAUAAUAUUAAUUUUGUUUUAGCUGAAUCCAAUCAUAACGGAAUUGAAUCGAUGACGUUAAGUGACAUGAGAAUACAAAAUAUAUGCGAACGCAAGGCAUGACAACAUUUUUCUUCUGAAUAUAUUUUAUAUAGUUAAAUUGUUCAAUAUUAUUGAUGAUCACAUUCGUUUUUGUAUAGCUAUUUGAUAAUUUAUUUUUACUACCUACCUACUUACCUACUAGUGUUAAAAAUUAUAUAAAAUUUAAUAUCGACUCUUAUUUUGUUUUAUUUGUCUGACUACCAUUUAUAUUACGUAAUGGUAUUUAAUCGAAAAUCUUGAAUAAUUAAAAUGAUUUUUAUUGAUAUAGUUACAAGAAGGAUGCGACAAGUGGAAUAUUUAAGGGGUGUGAAUAGUCAAUUUUAGCAACAAUGUUUUUUUUUGAAUAAAUAAACAUUUAUUAACUCCAAAAUAUUCAAAUUCACAUUUAAAUAAAUUUAAAAAUUGCCCUUAACAUUAUCACGUGCGUUUAAUAUUUUAAAAAUGAAAUUGGUCUAACCACAGAAAAGGAAUCAUUCCAAUUAAUUGAUUUUAAAGAUUUUAUUCAUUAUAAAAAUUAAAGAUACCUACAACAUUUUAUUAAGUUUGUGAAUUAUUUUUUUGUAGUUUGUUUAAUCAAGACAGUAAAUAUCAAAUAAUAUUAUUU